AUGCCCAGAAAAAAGAAUAAUUCUAACGAUUUUUCAAGUCAUAACGAUAAUUCUUCUAACGAUGAUGGUGAAAUAAGAGAUACUGGAGCUACAAACAGGCUCGAUAUCCAUGAAUCUAAUACAGAUGAUAAUGUGGUUGAACAUCGUGAUGAAGAAGAAACGAUAAAAAUGUAUCAAAAUGAUGUUAAAAAUGUAGAUAAAAUGAAGUAUUUAGAUGAAAAAAAUAUUAAAAAUGGUGUAAAUUUCAUGAAAACCCAAGUUAACCUGCACAAAUCCCACUCGUUAGAUAAUCUUAGAAACAUUAAACCACAAAUGUUAGAUCAAAUAACAUCGAAAGAAUAUGGAGGAGGAGAAAAUUAUAACUAUAAAUUAGAAUCAACUAGUGGCAGUGUUUCAAAGAUGUUAUUGAACGGUGCGAAUUCAAAAGACUGCACCUCAUUUUCAAGUGGAUACUCAAGCCUCGAUAGAGAGAUUAGUUUAAGUAGAUCUACAAUAAACUCGCCAUAUUUUUACGAUGUAAAACUGACGAAGGGGAAACCGAACCUGAAUUCAACAUCAUUUUAUGAUUUAAACAUAGCAUACCAAAUGGAGUCUGAAAAGAAAAACUGUGACAAACAUUUUAAUAGGAAUGUUAGUUUCCUAAACCUGAGAAUAUUAUCAGAUAGUAACGACGUGUGGAAGUAUAUAGUGAAGAGAGUGGAACCAUUUCUAGAUGUGUACUCGAUACUGAUGCUAAGACAGACGUGCAAAACACUAUAUUACUACAAGUAUAAGCUUCGUUCACACUCAACAUUGUCAUUCAGAGGAUUUGGAGGGUUUGACUCCAAGUCAUUAUUUAAUAAAAUCCUUCCACUAAUACAUCAUGUAAUGGACUUGUCAGAAAACUGUAAAAUAAGGUUUGAUUUCACGGGAUGUAUACUACUAAAGGAUAUCGCAACAGUGUAUUUACUCAAAAGUAAUAUGAUAAAUACGAGUAUAGAGAUGAGACAAUACUGUAAAAAUAUAAAGGAGUUGAUAUUUGAUUUCUGUAACCAGAUCACAGAUAAGAGUCUGGAGGUGAUGCUGAAAACAAAGCUGCCGAACCUGGAAAGACUUAGCUUGACAUGCUGUAGAAACGAACAGUUUACAGGGAACCCAUUUGUGAGUCAUCUGUCGUCAACAAACUGGCCCAAAUUCAGCAAGUUCAGGUGCGCAUUCUCAAACAUACUGCUAGAACCAAUACAAACAAUAGCAGAUUUUAUAAGACCACAGAUUCCUAGAGAAGAAAGUGAUUCGACAAUUAUUCAUGAACAGCAGACCAAUCACCUUAAUUAUAAAGGGUCCUACGUAGAUCUAACAAGUCUACUUCAGCAAGAUAAGAUGAAUGAACAAAAGUUCGGUGAAAGCGCUGUUGAGUUUGAAGUAUACGGAUCACUAGGGAGUAGAAAGCUUCUGGAUAAGUUGGGGUUCGGGAUUUAUUUUACAGCAUUUGCAAACGCACUCAAGACUAACAACUAUAACAUGUUCUCAAAAUUAACAAAGAAACUACAACACCAACUGCUUAACUUGAGCAACCAACCAAACAUGAAGAAUAACAACUGCCUAUACCUUUUGAGGAAUAGAGGAAGCGAACUCUUGGUAAACUGCCCAAUCACAGUAACAGAUAGAUCUAACAAUAACUUAGGCAUUUGGACACUCCCAAUAAUCCUAGUAAUACAGCAACAGAACAUGGAAUUGUUUUUAUUGUUGAUAAAGAGAGGAGCGAGACUGAAUGUGUGGGAUAGCAUGAACAAGUCACCGCUCCUAAUAGCCUGUGAGUUGUCACUAAAUAAUUUCGUGGAGAAGUUACUCAAGUUCAGACUGCCUCCAAUACCCUACGAUAACAUAAAUAACAUACCACUCAUAGUGGCAAUCACAAACUCAAACGUAGAAGUGGUUAAAAUGCUUUUGGAGGAAAAUUUCGAAAUAAACUACAAGUGCCCAAGCAUAAUGAACUACAAAUCUCCACUAUAUGUGGCAUGCGAACACUAUAACCGUGAAAUUAUAGAACUACUAUUGCAAUACGGAGCAGAUCCGAACUGGAAGUACAGACAUAGGUCAACUCCUACAUUAUUGGGAUACCAGCAAGACUCAAAAAUACUAGAAACAUUUAUAGAAUACGGGGCAGGGAAAUCAAGUGACAAGAGAUGGGUUCUAGUGCAAGUUUUGGCUUGUGCAAUUGUUAAAAAUGAUUGUGAAACCAUAGAAAUGCUAAUUACAAGAUUCCCAGAUCUGGUGGAGAGAGAACACGAAAUAUGGUCGAAGCCAUUAAUAGCGUUAUCAAAACUCAACAAGGUACAAGCAGUUGAAAUGUUACUUAAAAAAGGAGCGAACGUGAAUACAUUUGAUUCUUACGGAACAACCGCACUCCACGCAGCAUGUGAAGAGUCGAACAUUGAUGUGAUAAACGUUUUGUUAGAGAACUCAGCGAUAAUUGACGCACAAGAUGUGUUUGGAAGGACACCACUCCACCUAGCAGUAAUGGAAAACAAGCCCCAAGUAGUAAACAUUUUACUUGAGCAUGGAGCCAGCAUAAAUAUAAAAGAGUAUUCAUAUGGAGAAACACCUGUAAUGACCGCAAUCCGAACAAGAAAUGAAAGUGUAGUGACAACUUUUCUAAAAUCAGGAAACGUAGACUUCUCAAUAGAGGAUUUAAACCACAAGAACAUUUCAUAUUACUUAAAUUACUAUAAAAUGACUAAGUUGGAAGUACUUUUAUCCCCUCAAGAACAAAACAAUACAUAA